AUGAUGUACAAGAGUUUGGUUGGUUUGGUUACAAAAAGAGGAUUAGCCAGUGGUGUUGAACACACUGCAAGGAUGAAAUCUUUUAAAAUUUAUAGAUGGAAUCCUGAUACUCCUAGCGUAAAACCUGUUUUACAAAACUAUCAAGUUGAUUUAAACGAUUGUGGUCCAAUGGUUUUAGAUGCUCUGAUCAAGAUUAAAAAUGAACAAGAUGGUACUUUGACUUUCAGAAGAUCAUGUAGAGAAGGUAUUUGUGGUUCUUGUGCAAUGAACAUCGGUGGUAGUAAUACAUUAGCCUGUCUAUGUAAAAUUGAUCAAGAUAAUACAAAAGACUUAAAAAUUUACCCAUUACCUCAUAUGUACGUUGUUAAGGACUUGGUUCCAGAUUUGACCAAUUUUUACAAACAAUACAAGUCUAUCCAACCAUAUUUACAAAGAAAAUCUUUCCCUGAGGAUGGUAAAGAGGUCUUACAAAGUAUUGAAGACCGUAAGAAAUUGGAUGGCUUGUAUGAAUGUAUUUUAUGUGCAUGUUGUUCAACUUCUUGUCCUUCCUACUGGUGGAAUCAAGAAGAAUAUUUAGGUCCAGCUGUAUUGAUGCAAGCUUAUCGUUGGUUGAUUGAUUCAAGAGAUCAAGCUUCUCACAUCAGAAAGGAAAUGUUGGAAAACUCAAUGUCCUUAUACAGAUGUCAUACCAUCAUGAACUGUACAAAGACCUGUCCAAAGGGUUUGAACCCAGGUAAAGCAAUUGCCGAAAUUAAGAAAUCAUUGGCUUUUGAAUAA